ACUGACACAGUAACCUGUGAGCUACUCUGCUCCUGCAGCUCACCUUCCAGAAACAUUGUGAGGAAAGCAAACAAACCUGGAUGGAUGGAUCCUUUACUAUUAAAUAUAUUUUAGUGUCCAUAGUGAACUGAAACGUUUCGGAUUUCGUGACUGAUCUGAAUGUUUCAGUCGCUCGCGCAGAAGAGAACGCGGAUUCCUCGCGCAGAGAAUCAAAGUCUCUCAAACGCACCGUUUAGCUGCACAAACAUGGAUGUUCUGGCCAAUUACAGUAUUUUUCAAGAACUUCAACUUGUUCAUGACACUGGCUACUUCUCCGCGAUGCCGUCUCUGGAGGAAAACUGGCAGCAGACGUGCUUGGAGUUGGAGCGCUAUCUGCAGACAGAACCCAAACGACUGUCUGACCUUUUCGACGAAGAACUGGAUGGCCUCCUCACCCCCACCUUCAUGAAGGAAGACGGUGAUGAAGACCUGUUAGACCCCCUCCUUCCUAGCCUUAACAACCCGCCUAGUCCUCCUCCUCCUCACCUCACUCCACGCAAAGAAACCAUCUCCUCCCUUUCCUCUCCUGUGACCUCCCCAGACAUCACCUUAGGGGUCAACGCAGCCCAGCUGAACGCUGUAACCUCCCUAACGCCUCCCUCAUCCCCAGAACUGGGCCGUCACUUAGUCAAACCCACCCACACACUUAGUGCCUCGCCCGACGGGACUCUCACGCUCAAGCUAGUGGCCCGAAAGGUGGGCUUGAGCUCUGCCAAGCUCGUGACGGCUCACCCGGUGCCGCUUUCUCCCCAGCACGGCAGCAGUGGCGCGCAGAGCGAUGGCGAACAGGGUGGCACCUUCACCGUGGGAGCUGGCGAGAUGGCAGAGAACAAGAAGAGGGUCCAUCGCUGCCAGUUUAACGGGUGUCGGAAAGUCUACACCAAGAGUUCACAUCUGAAGGCACAUCAGAGGACACAUACAGGGGAGAAGCCGUACAAGUGCUCAUGGGAAGGCUGUGAAUGGCGGUUCGCGAGAAGCGACGAGUUGACGAGGCACUACCGCAAACACACCGGCGCCAAGCCUUUCAAGUGCAAUCACUGCGACAGGUGUUUCUCUCGAUCCGAUCACUUGGCACUGCACAUGAAGAGGCACAUCUGAGGAGGAGGAGGAAGAGGCGGAGGUGGCAAAAUGGCGAGGUGAAGGAAUAGACCGAGAGAAGGUAGAGGGAGAGAAAGAGAGGGAUUAUGGGCAGGAGCCGGAUACCACUCAAGCCGUUCGCUCAUCCCACCAGACAGAGCCCCGCCCUCCCGUGAGGGACCGAUAGAGGGCCACAAUCGAUUGAUUAGACCAGCUCUUGAGUUUUGGUCGGCGAGAUGCGAUUCACUUCUGAAAGUCUACAGGUCCGAGCAGUUGGUACAACAGCUUAUGUCACUCAAAGAAAGAAAAGUAGGUAUUUGCGAAAUAAUCAAAACAUCAAUGACUCGAUUUAGUUACUACUAUUAUUGCGUUCCUUCGUCUCCGAGAUCCAUUUAAUGUUUUAGUCAAUGUUACUUAAAAGCAUAUUGUCACAAAUGGACAAAAGCUACCAUUGCACCUGAUUUGAUUUAGUGCACCGGGCGGGACGUGUCCUGAAUGCCUCUCCCGGAGAACCUUUGGAGAAUAUCAUAGUGAUAGGACGUCAAUCCAAAGAGAUGGAUUUUUUUUCUCCCAUUUUGAGCAAGGAUUAUCUUUCUGCUUUGAUCCCGCCAAGAUCUAAAGUGGAACGUCCAUCUGAAGAAAUCUGGAUUUCAAAGGUGAGAGGCGGCCAAGUGGAAUCAGCCAUCGCUCAAAUGUGAAUCUGAAUCUGACUGGGGGCAGUGGAGGAAACUCUCUUACCUUCUUCAUAGACAGACAAAUCUCUCUCUUUCACGUCCCUUCCUGCCAACCAACAGCUGCGCAGCGACACUUUGAGACUUUUUAUAAAAGAAAAAAAAAUAAGGAAGAGAUCUUUUUGAAUGAUGAUGACUAUGUUAUAUAAUUCAGAAGACUUCUUUUUUUUUGCUUUUCUCCUGUGGAUGUGUACAAAAUAUAAAAUUAAAAAUAAAUAAAAAUGGACCAAAAAAAAAAAAACUGCCAUAUGCACAAGAAUAGUGGAUUCUGCACUGGCACAGA